AAGAACCAGGAAAAAGAACCAACAUUUUCCUUUCUUUCUUUCACUUUACUCUUAUUGUCAUUUUGUGUUUACUAAAUUUCUCAAUUAAAUUUGAUUGUUUUCCAUCUUUCAACAGUGAAUUUCAUCCUACUAAUUGUGUACAAGAAUAGGUUGACCAUCGGAUGGAACAAUUUAAAUUAAAUUAGCUAAUCAAUUAUGUGGAUUAAAACAUGGAUCCAAUGGGGAAGGAAAAAUUUUCAGUAAUCGCUGCUUUUGGUGCGGGAAUUGCGCUGACUGCCACUGUCGCUGGUAUUUACAAUAAUAUUAAAUCAAAGGAGAGAAAGAAGGAAUCUCGUCAAUUGUUGGCAUCCAAAUUAGAUACACUUAAUGAGACAGUUGAACAAUUAAGAAAGGAUGUUGAAGAGAUCAAGAUUGCUUCCAUGAGAGGAUCACCCUAUUCAAUAAAACCCUUGGACAUUGAUCAUUUAGAGGCUCAAUUGGAUGCUGUUGAUUCUGGUUUAAAUGAAUAUCACCCAACCACACCUAAACAUCAUCGUUACCUUAAUCAUAAUCGUCAUCGUUCAUCGGGUUUAAGUCUGGAGGAUAAAAGAUUUGAACCAAUUAACUCGGAUCCUUACACAUCAUCCGAUGAGACGGAAGAGUUUUUUGAUUUCAAUGACAGUGAUACCAAUGUUAACGUCCAUGAACCUGGAAUAAUCAGAGCUAAAGAUGACAAUCAGACCGAUGUUAAGGACACCAAUGGAGAGGAUAUCGUUGACCAUAGUAGCUUUGAAAGCUUUGAGCCUCUUGUUUCAUUGGUACUUGUAGAAGAUAUCAAACCAAUAAUUACCAAUGGUAAUUCUAGUAAACCAAUUGAAUCAAAGGAAGAUGAUUAUUAUUUAGAAAUCGACUCUUGUAUUGACAAUCCGAAGACAAAUCUUAAAAGUCUCUAUGAUAAACUAUGUUCAAUGGAGGAAAAGUUUGGUUGUAAUGCUCAGAUUAUGUGGCGUAAAGCCAAAGUUUGUCAUCUUCUCAGUUCCGCUGUUGAAAAGCAAGGAGACAAAGAACGAAAGAAAGAGUUGGCCUUUGAGAAACUCGAAUGUGCUAGAAAAGCUCUAAAAUUAGAUGAUAAGUGUGUCGAAAGUCAUAAAUGGUAUGCAAUCGCUAUUGGAUCGAUAACUGAUUAUGUUGGAACUAAGGAAAAGAUUGAAAAUGGUUAUGAAUUCAAGAAACAUUUAGAUUUUGCCUUAGAAAUGAAACCCGAUGAUGCGACUCUCCAUCAUCUACUUGGUCGUUGGGCUUGUGAAGUGUCCAAUCUUUCCUGGUUAGAAAAGAAAUUGGCCUCAAGUCUAUUCGCCCAAGUACCAGAGACAAGCGCUGAUGAGGCUUUGAAAUCAUUACUCCAAGCAUACAAGAUCAAACCCGAAUGGAAACAAAACAUUUACUACAUUUGCAAAACACUAAUCUCACUGAAACGAUCAAAAGAAGCCACUGAAUGGAUUGAAAAAGGAUUAGCAUGUACAAUUGACGAUGACGAUGAUCAAGUGGUCCAUGAAAAACUUAUAAAUCUCAAAUCAAAAUAUUCAAAGUAACAUUCCAAAUGAUUAAACGAAUUAAUCUAAAAGCAAUAUAACCCAAUUAUCCGGUGGAAACAAUUACAUCAAUUUCUAUGUUUAAUUAUCAGGAUAUUUAAAGUCUUUCUAUUUCUUUCUCUUAAACCUUAAUUGUGGUCAAGAUGAUUCUUCAAUUAAAAACCAAAGAUCCGACUUAUUGAUCAGAUUUACUGAUCCAGUGAUUUAUAAAUGAUCCAUGGGCGUUUAAUCAAUGAGCACAAUUUGAAUGUCCAUCAAGUGUCAAGUCAAUUUCGUGAACAAUUCAAAAGAUAAACCACAAUCGGUUAAAACUGCAAUACAAUUCAACUUAAAUUAUCUUGAAAUAAUUUAACCCGUUGGUCUGAUUGUCUUAACGUUUAUAUUAAUUUCAACUAGGUGAUAUUUUAAUUACACUUUGAUUAAAAUAAAUAAUUUUUGUUUUAUCUUCAA